GAGAGAGAGUUAUCGAUAUGACGGUCCCUUAUCAUCGUAUGGCUGGCAGUGGUGCAGAGCUUAAAGGUUAGAUAAAAGCGGCGCCGUGCAGUCAUCUGAGUAGCCGACCCUUGCGACCAGCCACUGAGUUACAUGAUAAGUCAGCAACCAUGUCACAGGAGGAGGCCCCAGGUGUGCUUCAGCCCGGCCAGGUGAUCAAGCCCGUGAUGGAGGAGGAAAACGCCAAGGCCUUGGCCCUCAAGCUUUUCGGCCUCACCGUCACCUCCAUCAAGGAACUCAACAGCUAUGACGACAGAAAUUUCCUUAUACAGGUUGAGUCUGACAGCACCAACCCUCACAUCACGGCGGGUCGUGCAGAUGGCUACGUCUUGAAGGUAACCAACACUCUCGACUCCAAAAACGCAGGGGUGAUGGCUGCACAGAACGAGAUGAUGCUCUUCCUCCACGCCAGAGGCAUCAGGGUUCCGAAACCAGAGAGAAAUGUGACCGGCUCUCAUUUGAUUUUUGCAGAAAUCAGUGGUGACAAAGCAGGCGAGGCGGGCGGGGAGAAUAUCGUGAGACUGCUGACCUUCCUCCCCGGCAAGAUCCUCUACCAGGUGCCGUACACCGCCCAGCUCUUCUUCGAGGGAGGAGCCUUUGUGGCGAGGAUGGACAACGAGCUCAAGGACUUCACCAACGAGGCCCUGAGGCAGCGACGCUUCAUCUGGAGCCUUGAGAGUGCUCCCGGGUUGUCCAAAUUCCUGUUCGCCGUGAAUGAAGGAAGGAGGCAGCUGGUAGAGGAGGUGCUGGAGGCGUGGCAGAAGAUAGUUGUGCCGCUUCUGCCCACACUGGAGAGAGGUUUUAUUCACGGAGACCCCAAUGAACAGAACAUCAUUGUCAGUGCCACUGAUGAAGACCCUUCCACCUACCACAUUGAUGGCCUCAUAGACUUUGGCGACAUUCAUCAUUCUUGUUACGUCUUUGAACUGGCCAUCAUCAUCAUGUACCUAAUGCUGGAGGUCAGAAUAAUGUCCCCAAAUGAGGUUGCAGGACACAUACUUGCUGGCUACAUCACACAAAGAGCUGUCACAGAGGAUGAAUGGAGCAUCUUAAAGGUGUGCAUUGCUGCUCGCUUUGCCCAGAGCCUUGUUUUGGGCGCCUACAGCUACAUGCAGGACCCGGGUAAUGAGUAUCUGCUGACAUCAGCAGCACGAGGCUGGGAAGUGCUGGACUCUUUUUGGCAGACACCCGAAGACCAACUUCUUGCCCAGUGGAAGAGCACACUAAAGAGUUACCAAUAGAAGGAUACAUGUCAGCUAGCUUCAGUCCAGUUUUCUACCCGGUGUGUAUCAUGGAGCGUUUCAGUAUAUCAAAAUGGAACUUCAAAAACUGUUGUCUACUUUUCAUCAGACAUAAUAAUGGGGAAUGUAAAUCAGCAGUCCUGUUAACCAGGAAGUGGGAAGUAUAAUAAGAGCUCAGUAAACCUCAUUUUGCUGAAAGUUUUUAGUAUAAAAUUGUCAGUUUUUAUGGUAUGACUGCCUUAAGUGCCUUAGGAUUACCUAGUUGCAUGAGUCUUUUCUAGACAAUGGCACCAAGAACAGAGGCCACAAGCUUCCCAAGGUGCACGGUCAAGGUGAACAUAUUUAUCUCCCAUGUACUUGUAAAAAAGAAAGGUGAAAAGAAUGUUUAUAGACCUUAUGACUUUUAAGUAAAAAAUGAAAAUUCCAUAUCCAUUCAUGUUGAGAAAUCAAAAUGCCUGGUUGCUAUAUUUUUUACUUGCAUGCUGUUGACCAUGUGUUUUAUAGAAAUUUUACUCAAGUGGAAUAUUAGGGUACAGACAUACAGCAUAGGUCAACCAGCAUGAAAUUUAACUAAACUACAAAAGUUGAGCCUCUGUCCCUACUGUGCUGAUGCCAGUCCUCACUGCCCCUAAAGAUGGCCUAAAGGGCAUUGUGCAGAGUACCAGAAUGGGGCAUGGAUGGCUUUGGUUGACACACAAGCUUUUCUUUAACUUGAGGAACAAAAAAAGGCCUUUAUAUCUCGCCUCAAAAAGCCUUGGCAUGCAUAACCACUCCAAGGCUACCCAGAAUACAAAACUAUGCCAACUUAAUGGCAUGGACAUUUUCUUCCCUCUUAUAAUGCAUCAAAUCAGUAUGUUCAUUGUGUUUGACAGGACAAAAUAACUUGGAAGUUUUAUAAUAGCUUAACAGCUACUUUUAUCUCAUUACAUACUGAUGCGAUUCAAAACUGGAUGGUAAACAAUAAACCUAUAAAAACA